UUUUACUUGUGACAGCAACUUGACUUUGACAUGCGCUAGCUUUCUGUCAACAAAGCAAAAAACAUCAACAAAACGAAAACGUUUUGAAACUCAAACUUAAAUCUUAACAUUUCUAAUAAAUGGAUCAAAAAAUUAAAAUUCUAGUAAGCGGCGAUGUCAAUGGCAAUUUCAAACAACUAUUUACCCGAGUCGAAUCAAUUAACAAAAAAGCGGGACCUUUCGAUUUGCUUUUAUGUUGUGGGGAAUUUUUUAGUUCGACAAAUAAUGAUGAAUUAAUUGCUUAUAAAAAUGGAUUUAAACAUAUUCCUGUGCCAACUUACAUACUCGGUCCAAAUAAUGAAGAAACUGCAAAGUCCUAUGAGGCUAUCGAAGAGGAUGGCGAUAUCUGCUCAAAUUUAACUUAUUUAGGCAAAAGAGGUUUGUAUACCCUUUCGUCGGGAGUUAAAAUUGCCUAUUUAAGUGGGGUUCAAGGGUCUGGGCCGAAUACGUUCAACAAGGAAGAUAUCGUCGCUGUGCGUAAUUCAUGUUUGGUUAAUAAGACCACCGCCACUGAUUACAGAGGAGUCGAUAUUCUUAUCACAUCCCAAUGGCCUCAUGGAAUCGACGAAAAACAAGAAAACACAUCAAAGCUGAUUUCAUAUCUGUCCAAAGAAAUAAAACCACGAUAUCACUUCUGUGCUCUAAAUGGUGUUUACCAAGAACCUAAACCCUACAGAAUUCCCGGUGAUAGCACAACUCAAUACGAACUUUGUACGAGAUUCAUCGCCUUAGCUAAUGUCGGAAAUGCGGAAAAACUUAAAGCAGUUUACGCCUUAAGUUUAUGUCCAGUUGAAAAGAUGAGAGUUCUUGAUUUGAUACAAAAAACCACGACCGAGACACCAUGUCCUUUUAUAGGCAUGAAUUUUGACGAUUGUAAAGGAAAACAACAAUUGGAUGAUGGAAAACAAUAUUUCUAUGACCUGAAUUCAAAUCCGAAUGAUAAUAGAAAACGAGGACGGAAGGGUUUUGGACACGAUGGACAGGAAAAACGACAACGACCCACAUUCGAUCAAGAAAAAUGUUGGUUCUGUUUAUCAUCGCCCGAUGUGGAAAAACAUUUGGUAAUUUCUGUGGGUGAUAGUUUCUAUCUUGCCUUAGCUAAAGGACCAAUCAAUGAUUAUCACAUCUUGAUACUCUCCAUCACUCAUAUACAAUCGGCUGCUCUCCUGGCCGACACUGAUUGGGCAGAGUUGAUGAAAUUCAAGGAGGCCGUUAGAGAAUUCUUUAAAGAGCAAGGUCAUGCGGUAUGCUUUACAGAACGCAAUUACAAAUGCUCACAUUUGCAAAUUAAUGCUUUGGGUAUCGAUGAUGGAUAUGCGUGGAAAAUUAAACAUGGUUUUGAGGAUAAAGCUGAGGAGUACAAUAUAACCUUCGAUUCGCUUCCCGAAAUUAAAGAACCCACAGAACUUCCACAACGUGGACCAUAUUUUGUCGCUGAACUUCCCGACCGAACGACACUAAUGACACAAAAUAUGAAGCAAUUUCCAAUACAUUUUGCAAGAGAAGUCUUCUGCUCAGAGAAUCUGUUGAAUUGUGACGAAAAAACAGAUUGGAAAGACUGCAGCUUAACAAAAGACGAAGAAAUUGAACUUGUUAAGCAAUUUCGUGAGAAAUACAAGAAGUUCGAUUUUACUUUAUAAUCAAAAUCAACAAAAACAAAUAAAUGUCGUGUUUUGAAAUCAAAAA